AUGGCUACUAGUUUAUUCCAAGCGCCUCCUAUUGCUCCAUUCAACGUUGAAGACCCCAAUAAUAUAGGCAUUCGCUGGGAGCGAUGGACGAAGCGCCUCGAGACAUGCAUCACCGCUACAGGGCUUACUGAGGACAAACAGAAACGUUCCUUGCUUUUAUUUUGUGCUGGAGAAGCUGUUCAUGAAAUAUUCGAUAAUCUCCCUGACUCAGAGGAAGCCAAAGACUACAAAACUGCUUUAAAACUUCUCACCGAUUAUUUUUCGCCGAAGAAAAAUAAAACAUUUGAAAUAUACAAAUUUCGCCAAGCUCAGCAACUGGAUAGCGAAAGCGUUGACAAGUUUUAUACCCGUCUCCGACAAUUAGAUAUAGCAUCUACGUGUGAAUUUACUAAUACUGAUGAUGAAAUUCGAUCUCAGAUAAUUCAAAGAUGUUCAUCAAAGAAAUUACGAGAGAAUGCCCUGCGAGAUGACAACAUGACACUUGCAAAACUACUCGAACACGCUCGCGCUCUAGAAAAUUCAACAAAACAAGCUUUGGAUAUGGAAAAAGGCAUGGACAAUUCAACACAAGAGCUUGCUACCUUACGUAUAAACGAAGAUGAAAAUCGGCGAAAUGAGUCACACAACACAACACGUCAUGAUACUAGAAGUCGUUCUUCAUUCGACCACAAGUCGCCCGAGUUUUCUCGCCAAAACAACACUGAUCGCCGAAUCAACGACAACCGGUCCAUGUCGAAGUGCUAUAACUGUGGCAACUCUUGGCCGCAUGUUAAUACACCUUGUCCAGCAAGAGGGAAACGGUGCAAUAACUGUAAUCGUCUAGGACAUUUUGCCAAGGUUUGUCGUUCGACAAAACAAACAAAUUCUCGCCGUCGCGACAGAAAGCACGUCCGAAAUAUUGACUACCAACAACAACGUAGACCAGAGACCUCAAGCUCUGAAUCUGAUGAAUAUCUUUACUCGGUGCAAAGCGAACAAACUGCACCAAGCAAGCCUACAAAAUCCGAAAACCCAGAAAUAAAUCGCGUGACAUUACCUCAAGCGAGGAUUAAAAUAAACAAUGUAAAUUUCCUGUUCAUGAUUGACACUGGUGCUUCCAUCAAUGUUAUUGAUGAAAAUGCAUUUUCCAGGCUGCAGAAUAAUACCAAGCGUAAUUCAAUCAGACUAAAGAAGCCAAAAACUAAAGUUUAUGCAUAUGGUAGUAGAACCCCAUUACCCGUCGUAGGCACGUUUGCCACUGUAGUUGAAUCACGUCGUCGUCUGACUUCUGCUAUGUUCUAUGUUGUCAAAGAGGACCAUGGUUCUCUCUUUAGCUACCAAACUGCACAAGAACUUGAUCUCAUCAGAUUUAAUGUUAGCUCAAUCAACACAACAACCGAUGACUUGCAUUCAAAAGACCAAUCUACUUCACAGCGCUCUAAGUCAACUCCACCUUCCACGAAGUUCAAACCCAAAUGCUUGACAACCACCACCUCUGCCAAUACCCAUGCUCUCGUAAAACAGUAUGAACACCUCUUCCAGGGUGUUGGCAAGAUGCGCGAUGUUGAAAUAAAGCUCCACAUCGAUCCUAAUGUUCCACCUAUUGCACAACCAGAGAGAAGAAUCCCUUUCCACCUGAGAAACAAAGUUGCCGAAGAAUUAAAGCGACGUGAGGAAAAUGAUAUUAUUGAAGAUGCAACUGGCCCAACACCAUGGGUGAGCCCAAUCGUUGCUGCCCCAAAACCGAAAGAUCCCAACGAAGUUCGUGUGUGUGUAGACAUGCGGCUUCCCAAUCGCGCCAUCCAUCGCGAACGACACCCUUCAGCGACUGUUGAUGACAUCAUUCACUCACUUAAUGGUGCCAAAAAAUUCAGCAAGCUCGAUCUGCGAUCUGGAUACCACCAACUCGUCCUUGCGCCAGAAUUAAGACACAUCACAACCUUUGCUACUCACAAGGGACUAAAACGAUACAAGCGAUUAAAUUUUGGCACUUCAUCAGCUGCUGAAAUUUUUCAACACACCAUACAGCACGCCCUUGAAGGCAUAAAUGGUGUUUUAAACACUAGUGAUGACAUUAUCAUUUUCGGCAAAACAACAGCAGAACAUGAUAAAGCCCUGAAGGAAAUUUUUCACCGCCUGAGGGAUAAACGACUAACUCUGAAUCCUGACAAGUGUGUUUUUGACAAGGAAAAUCUUGAUUUUUUUGGCUACAUGUUCGGUCCAGCUGGCAUUAAACCUGAUCCAAAAAAAGUCCUAGCAAUACACGAUGCCACCCCACCAACCAACACAGCAGAACUGCGUAGUUUCCUCGGUUCAGUUAACUAUGUCUCCCGUUUUAUCUAUGACUUCUCCACCAUCACAGCCCCACUUCGUGCUCUGACUCGCCAAGGAACCAAAUGGCAAUGGACAAAACAACAUCAGCAUGCUUUUGACGAGUUAAAACGUCGCCUCACAACUAGUCCUACAAAGGCCUAUUUCGAUCCUGCCAAGGACACUGAGCUUGUUGUCGAUGCUAGCCCUGUGGGCCUGGGUGCCAUUUUAACCCAGAAAACUGGUGCAGUGGGACAAAUAUUGUGCCAUAUGCUAGUCGCUCUCUGUCGCCUGUCGAACAAAGAUAUUCACAAACUGAGCGCGAGGCUCUAA